AUGCCCGGUCUCUGCAUGAGCAACGUUCACUGGGAACCACGGAGACAAUUCAAUUCGACUUCUCCUUUAUCUAAACCUCCCGUUGGUGCGGCGGCAGCUGUCGAGCAGUAUGAAGACGACCCACCCACCCAACCGGUUUCAACAACGAAGCCCGUUUUCGGUAAUGGUAAAGGUGUUGGCGGAGGAUUUGCUGGAGGAGGGUUUGGCAUCGGUCUAUUCGGUGGAGGUUUUGGCGGAGGGUUUAACGCACCAAUAUCUUCUCAAGAAAGCACUCUUACUACUGAAGAAACCAAACAGCGGGAUGUGUUGAGACGGAAAAUGGAAGCUCAGAAACCACCCGCACCGGAUCGGACUAAACAGAAAUCCCCAUUGAUCCGUCGUGGUGAUUUUGUGACUGACUCAUCCGCAUUUACUUUUGCUAAAAAUGCGGGGCUUACCGAAGAGGAACUCAGACAACGAGAUAUGAUGAGGCAGAAAAUGGUAGUACAGCCCACAAGAUUCGUUCAGAAUGCUCAAACUGACACCGCUUACACCAACCCCACACCCUCUACUGAUGUGUCUGAUUAUAAGAGAAUUAGCUGGAAUUGCCUCAACUGCAAGCACCUCAACCCUUCACCCAGUAGGGUCUGCACUCGGUGCGGUGUACCAUCAAGACUCCCAAUUCAACAUAGUCAACCUGAUUGUCCCAGAACUACAUCACCCACAGAUGCCUCAAACGUGGUUAGCCGUGAAGCAUCCGGACCUUUGAUAAUACGCAGAGUUAGUACAACAAUUUCUCAGGACGUCGACACAUCACCUACGAGACCGGAGCGUUCAUCUGAUGUGUUUUCGGGGUUCCGAAAGGGAAGGUGGUCUGAAGAACAACAACAGAAGGAAGAGUUUAUUGAGGCUGAGCUUUCUAAAUUGGCUCCGACUCCGUCUUCGACUUUCGAGAAGCAAAAUCCAAUGAAGGGGGAGGAGGUAGAUGACUUGCUUGCUUUGGAAGUUGAUCCACAGGCGGCAGCGGAGCUGAUCGUGGAGUCAAAGCAAAAGAACACCAAAAAGAAAGGGAAAGGGAGGGAGGAAAAAGGUGACGAUGGUGGAGAAGCCGUACGUGCUUCGAACGACCUGGACUAUGAUCGCGAGAUGGAACGUCUUCAGCGCCGUCGACUCAAGGAACAGAGAAAACAACAGGAAAAGGAAGCAAAACGGGCAAAUGAAGCCAAUCCACCAAUAUACUUACCCGAAUUUAUUACAGUUGGAAACCUUGCAGAUGCGUUGGGUAUCCGACCAGCAGAUUUCUUGGUACGCCUGGCUGAUUUUGGGUUUGAAGAAGCAACAUACAAUCAUAUUCUAGAUGCUGAAACAGCGGGGCUAAUUGCGUCAGAGUUCAAUUUCAAUCCCAUAAUCGAGGACGAUGGAAAUGAUCUGGUGGCCGCACAACCGCCACAGGAUACUGCAAAUCUACCACCGCGACCCCCUGUAGUCACCAUUAUGGGCCACGUUGACCAUGGGAAGACUACCCUUUUGGACUGGCUCCGCAAGUCGUCAAUUGUAUCGACUGAACAUGGAGGGAUUACGCAGCAUAUUGGUGCUUUCUCUGUAACAAUGCCGUCUGGGAAAGUUAUCACAUUUCUCGACACACCUGGGCACGCAGCUUUCCUUGAUAUGCGUCGACGAGGGGCCAACGUUACAGACAUUGUCAUUCUUGUCGUAGCCGCUGAUGACAGUGUUAAGCCCCAAACCAUUGAGGCAAUCAAGCAUGCGAAAGAGGCUAAUGUUCCCAUCAUUGUCGCCAUAAGUAAAAUUGACAAGCCAAGCAUUAGUGUGGAAAGAGUCAAACAAGAUCUCGCCCGCCAUAACGUCCAUGUUGAAGAUAUUGGUGGUGAUGUUCAAGCCAUCUGUGUCAGUGGCAAAACUGGCGAAGGCAUGCUUGAUCUUGAGGAGGCUACGGUGACAUUGUCGGAAAUGCUUGACCACAGAGCUGAGGUAGAUGGCAAAGCUGAAGGAUGGGUCAUCGAAGCAACAACCAAAAAGCACGGCCGGGUUGCUACUGUGCUCGUGAAACGUGGGACCCUAAGGCCAGGUGACAUCGUCGUUGCUGGUACUACCUGGGCCAAAGUAAGAACAUUGAAAAAUGAAGCCGGCGUUUUAAUCAACGAGGCUCUUCCGGGUACUCCGGUUGAGGUUGAUGGUUGGAAAGAACAACCUCAAGCUGGAAAUGAGGUUCUCGAGGCGGAAAGUGAGCAGCAGGCCAAAUCUGUUAUUGAGUACAGGUUGAGCAAGGUGGAGACCAAGAAACUGAGCGAGGACAUUGGCGCUAUCAACAAAGCUAAAAAGGCAGACCUUGAAAGACGGAGACAGGAGUUGCAAAGCGAGAAGGAUAAAAGAGUCAGCUCUGCUAAUGCUAAUUCCGGUCCGAAAGGCAUACCUUUCCUCAUCAAAGCUGAUGUAUCAGGCUCUGUGGAAGCGCUGGUCAACUCAGUCUCUUCCAUUGGCAACAAUGAAGUAUACGCGCGGAUCCUGCGGUCUGGUGUAGGCCCAAUUGGAGAAUUUGACAUCCAACACGCUGCUGUGGCACAAGGUAACAUCAUCACCUUCAACCUGCCAGUGGAACCAGCAAUGGCUCGAAUGGCAGAGGCUGAAGGCGUCAGGAUCUUGAAUCAUAAUAUCAUCUAUGAGUUAAUCGAUGAUGUCAAGUCGGAACUUAGUGAAUAUCUUCCACCCGCCAUUACCCAACUUGUCACUGGAGAGGCAGAGGUCGGUCAGAUCUUUGGAAUAACAGGCAAAGGCCGCUCGAAAAUCGCUAUUGCUGGCUGUAAGGUCCGGAACGGCCUUAUUAGCCGUCGUCAUAAAGUCAGAGUGCUUCGUGACAAGGAAGUCAUUUACGAUGGUAACAUUUCGUCCCUCAAGAACGUCAAGAAAGACGUCACAGAGAUGCACAAGGGCACCGAAUGCGGCAUCGCCUUCGAAGACUGGAACGACAUUAGAGUCGGUGACCACGUCCAAUGCUAUGAAGAAAAGUCCGAAAAGAGGACGUUAUGA